AUGAAUAGUUUAAAUAAUACCAUAGAUAUGAAUGAUUUUGUUUGUUUAGAUCAUUUGAAAACUUUUGAAAUCAUUUGUCAUCAAUGUAAUCUAUUAUUGUGUGCAAGAUGCUCCACCAAUCAUAAUAAACAACAUGAACACAAUAAAUUUUGUGAUCAUAUCGAUGAUAUCAAACAAUCUUUAUAUAAAUAUCAAUCAAAUACACAAAAACAAUUUAAAAAACAAAAAACAACCCAUAUCAGUACUGACAAUAAUAACAAUAAUAAUAGUAGCAGUAUAUUUGAGAAUAGUAGAAUAUUAGAACUGUGGGAAACAAUCAAAUCAUCAAAUUUAUAUUUCAGAAAGUUAGAAUCAACUGAAUCAGAGAUCAAGAAUCACUUUCAUAAGAUGCAUCAAUAUCUGGUUGUUGAAGAGCAACGUUAUCAGAAACCGAUUCAAGAGAGUAAAUCAAAGACACUCGAUACAAUCAAGAAUAAUAUUGAAGAGUUAAAACAUAUCGUUAAUAUCAUCAAUUUAGAGGAUCGUGAGAGUGAUAGCGAAGAUAAUAAUAAUAACUCUGCAGAUACAACCUCCAGCUAUUCAAUAGAAUCAAUCAUGGAAUCACUGAAUAAAAGCAAUUCACUUUUAUCAUUUAUCGAAUCAAAAGAUAAAACAGUUUUCAAUAUCAGUGCAUUCACCAAUGACAAAUCAUCAUACAAAGAUCUAGAGUCAUUGAUUCUCGAUUCAAUUCACAAAUACAAUCAACAAUUUAAGAAAUCAUUAAUCAAAUCCAACAAACCAGAUACACCUCCUGACUACCAAUUGAAAACUGAAUCAAUCAAUACAACCAUGAUCAAAGAAAUGAAAUUCCUACAAGAAUCAUAUUCUUGGUUAUGA